CUGUUGAUCCUGCUGUGCUCACAGUGAACACGUUUUUGUACAGUUCCCGUGUGGUCGAUCGAGUGGAGCGUUUUCCAGCGGCGGCCGUGUCGGACGGACGGGAGCUACGGAGGUGGCUCUGGAUCCACCGGAACAGGAUGCGGUUUCAGUGACACGUGUCUGGUCUGGCUGUGUUCCCUGGCGCAGCUCCUGGACCACGGCUGCUCGGGGUGAAGGAAGUCCCACACCAGUGGAAGGUUCCUGUCCCACCCCAGAGGAGGAAGGGAAGGCGACUUGCUGCUGGCGCUGCGGGUUGCGAUCAAAAGCUCAGAGGCAUUGGCAGGGUGAUGCCAGCUUGAUCCAGAGCCAUGUCCAGGUACUUGAAGCACUUCACGGUGGUGGGUGAUGACCCAGUGCAGUGGAGCAACGACUAUAAGAAAUGGGAGGAAGAGGAGGAGGAUGCUGGGGAGAAGCAGCCAGAUUCGGAGAUCAAGCUGGAGCCCACCAGGAGACGCGUCUCCUUCCAGGACAUGAUGAAAAAGCUCUUCAGCUCCCACAGGUUUCAGAUCUUGGUUGUCUGUUUGGUCAUCCUGGAUGCCUUGUUGGUUCUUGGGGAAUUGCUUAUGGACUUGAAAAUCAUCCAUCCGGACAAAUAUAAUAUAACCCCAAAGGUUUUCCACUACCUCUCCCUUUCCAUUUUAACUAUCUUCCUGGUUGAGGUGGGGUUUAAAGUCUUUGUCUACCGCCGGGAGUUCUUCCACCACAAGUUCGAAGUGCUGGACGGGAUCGUGGUCAUCGUGUCCUUCAUCCUCGAUGUCGUCCUCAUCUUCCGGGAGCACGAGUUCGAAGCUGUCGGGCUCCUGAUCCUGCUGCGGCUGUGGCGGGUGGCCAGGAUUAUCAAUGGAAUCAUUUUAUCAGUGAAGACCCGCUCGGAACAACAACUGUCCAAGCUCAAGCAAGUAAACCUGAAACUUGCCACAAAGGUUGAACAACUGGAACACAGCUGUGUCGAGAAGGAGCAAGAAAUUGAGAGGCUUAACAAGAUACUAAAACAGCACGGACUCAUCAGCGAGGAAAAGUAGGAGGCUGGUUUUCCGAGGUGGGAAAUCUGCCCCGGAGAGUGCAGUGUUGAAAUCUCGCAGUCUGACCUGCAAGGUUUUUCUGUCUCUUUGCUUUCUCUUGUAUAAGUGUUUUCUAUAAACAUUUUCUAUUUGACCAUGCUUUGAUUAGACCUUGGGAUUGCAAAAACAGUUUGGUGGAAAAUUAAUCACACGUACUCCCACAACAGUGAUUUCAUAAGACCUUCCUUGUACAGUUGGACAGUCCAAACUGCAAAAUAAUUUAAUAAAGACACAUCUUUACAAGCUACACACCCAUGAAAGUACCACUUAUUUGAAAUAAGUUCAUUUUUUCAGUGAUAAUGUUCUUUUUUUGUAACAUCUUGUAGAAACUGGCAGUACCACUGAUAAGAACCCAGGCUGAAAGGUCAUUGCUUCCCUACAGACUGACCAUUCAUCACUGGUACAGCUCUCCUGUGCCAACCAUUCUUUUCAUAGUGUUGGUAGUUUCCUCAUUGCUGUUGCUGC